UCCAACGUCUCGCAUUGAGCGAGAAAAAAGUUGCUGUCUAUCAAUCAAAAUCUGACGCUAAAUUUCACCCGCCAUGUGGCAGAAAUUGUCAAAUUCUUGUGAUUACUUAUCACAAUUCUACAACCGCAAUGCGUCGCCAGUUUGAGGAACCUGCCUACAAGAAAGUCCCAGCAGUGAAUAUUUACGAAUUUCGGGAAUUAACCCCCUUGGACAAGCUAGAAUUUCCGGAAUUGCCCAAAAAUCGGAAAUGUACCAACGUGACGAUGCUCAUAGUUUUCAUAACUUUUGUCGCCGGAUUGAUAGGACUCAUAUUAUCCAUUUCGUUUAACAAACAUCUGAGACGGUGGUGGUACGGCUACGACAGUUGCGAAAAUUUAUGCGGUUUUAAAAAUGUGAGGAUUUCCUUUCGACCCGAGGACUGCAAACCCGAAGACUAUCGUGACUUUCCGGUAGUACUUUACGCGAAUGUGACCACAACGUGUGUCAAACUGGCCGACUGCAAACCCUCGGACUUUAACCUAUUUUUCGGAAGAUGUUUUCCGAAGGACUCGCUACCUGAGGAGACCAUAAAAGUGCAAAAAUAUUUCGAAAUAAUUUCAAACACUUGGAAGGCACGAUAUGCAAUAACGGUCAUGGUCUUCGCAGCACUUGGCCUCAUUCUCCUGAUUUAUGGCCUCUUUCGAGUAAGUGCCAAAUUCACUUUCAUGGCCCUGAUAAUUGUGAUGACGUCUUUAUCUGCAGUUAUCACAAUCGGUUUCUGGAGCACCUAUUUCUUGAAGCAAGGUCGUCCGUAUUUAAUGCCAAGUAUUGUGAGCUUGAUUUAUUUGAUACCUUUCUUGGUUUUGCUCCAUUUUCUCCGCAAAUACUUUUUCCUCAUGGCUCGGUUGUACCGAGAAACAGUGAGGAUCAUUUUCCAAGCUCCGAUCACUCUCGUCCAACCACUAAUAACGAUCUUGUUCGUGUUCAUCCUUGACGCGAUCAUUAUUUACUUGUUGUUGCUUCUGUACGCAGUGGAGGGAAAAAUUACAUACAGUACCGAACUAAAAGUUUUGAACACGUUGUUCAUAAGUGUGGUGAUGUUUUGGUUGUUUGCUUUUGCCAACGGGUGUCAAUGUUUGAUUGUUAGUGGUGUCAUUCAAGCGUAUUUUUUUGCAAGGAACAAAUCAACUUUGUGUUGUCCGUAUUUUUUUACCCUCUGGAUGGGGUUGCACUACCACCUUGGAACCAUUGCUACUGGUGCUCUGGUUAUAACAAUCUUGCGAAUUCUAAAACCACUAACCGAGUGUUUUGGAAACAGACCACACACUGGUUUCUGUGGCGUAGUGGCGGUUUGUUCUGAGUGGUUAAGGGAAAUGAGUGACUAUCUUACACGAAAAGCAUACAUUAUGACCGCUCUUCAUGGUCGAGGUAUCUUCAAAUCAGGCCGUCGAGCUGUUAGACUCCUUUGGCUCUUUCUGUGUGAUACAAUAAUCAUCGAUGAAUUGGCUUGCAUUUUUAUGCACGCCUUGUCCUUUUUUAUAAUGUUGUGUGGCAUAAUUUUGGGCAUUGUGAUAAUUCUGCCCUUGAAGGUGAAAUAUAUCUACGUUCCGGUCGUUUUGGGUGUGUGUUUGGCGGGCACCGUGACGUUUUUUUACGUCUCUGUUAUGAAUGUCGCAAUCGAAACGCUUUUUUUGUGUUUUUGCGAAGACAGGUUUCUGAAUACGGGAAAUAGGGAUAAUCCCUAUUUCAUGACGCCAGAAUUUUACACCCUUAUGAUAGAUGCCCUCGAAAUGGCUUACGGAGGAGAAUUGGGACAUAGGACAUACAGCGAUAACUGAUUGUAAUAAUAACAAAAUCUGAAAUAAACGAU